CCAAAUUCAGUGGGCGGUCUUAAAUCAGGAAGAGCGAUGGAGAGUUUGACCCAAAAAACCAGAAGAAAAAAGAGAUGGUAGACCUGCGUGCGCUUCUCGCUCUUCGUGUUGAAUUUUCUCUCGUAAGAUCCCACUCUUUUUCUUUCUAGCCAACCAAACAACCAAAUUAAAACCCCCAGUCUUCGCAACGUUAUUUAACUUCUUUUGUUGAGCAGAGCCGAAACUUGCAGAAGGCUCACAUUUUCUCAUGGAUUCUCGCGUUUUCCUCUCACUCUCUCUCUCUCUCUGUUUCCUCUCUUUAUUCCCUGGUACCGCUGCUCUUCACUUCCCAGGUCGUCUCGAAGAUAAGAAAACACACGGAUCAAUUCUUAAAUUGAAGACUGAUGGUGUUUCGUCUGCUCCUUUUGAUCCCACUCGGGUCACCCAAAUCUCUUGGCGUCCCAGGGCUUUCAUUUACAGUAGGUUUUUGACUCAUGAGGAAUGUGAUCAUCUAAUUCAUCUGGCCAAGGAUAAGCUAGAGAAGUCCAUGGUAGCUGACAAUGAAUCAGGCAAGAGUGUACAGAGUGAAGUUCGGACGAGCUCUGGCAUGUUUCUUAACAAGGCCCAGGAUAAAGUAGUUGUCGGUAUUGAGGCUAGGAUUGCUGCUUGGACCUUCCUCCCUGAAGAAAAUGGGGAGUCCAUUCAAAUACUUCAUUAUGAGCUCGGUCAAAAGUAUGAGCCCCAUUCUGACUAUUUUCUUGACAAGGUCAAUCAAGAAUUAGGUGGGCACCGGGUAGCCACUGUACUUAUGUAUCUGUCUGAUGUUAAGAAGGGUGGAGAAACAGUCUUUCCUCAUUCAGAGGCUAAAGAUACUCAACUGAAGGAUGAUGACUGGUCUGACUGUGCUAAAAAUGGCUACGCGGUGAAACCUAAAAAGGGGGAUGCUUUGUUGUUUUAUAGUCUUCAUCCUAAUGCAACAACUGACCCAUUGAGUUUGCAUGGGAGCUGCCCUGUCAUUGAGGGUGAGAAGUGGUCCGCAACCAAGUGGAUUCACGUAAGGUCUUUUGAGAAAAUAUUAAAGCAUGCAAAUGGAGGUUGCAUUGACGAGAACGAGAACUGUGCUCGAUGGGCUGCUUCUGGGGAGUGUAAAAGGAAUCCACUCUAUAUGGUAGGCUCUGAAGGUGUAGUUGGAAAUUGUAUGAAAAGCUGCAAGGUGUGCUCAUCAUAGGAAUCCUUUUUCAGGCAUCUGCAUCUUCAUAAGAGGGGGCUUUGGACAGCAGAGGAAGAUGCAAAGAUACUUGCAUACGUAGCCAACCACGGCAUUGGUAACUGGACUUUGGUUCCCCACAAAGCAGGUCAUCCAUCUUUCUCAUCACAUUAAAUAUAUAUUUCAUUUCUGUUGUCUAAAAUGUUUUUGUAAGGUUUGGAUGA